AGAAUUCGAUCAUAGAAAACUUCAAUUUAGGAUUAGGGUUUCUUCAUUCUCCGCAAUUUUGAGGACAUGUCAGGGAAACGGGUCAUAGCAAUAUGUAUGUCUGGUGGGGAAUUUCAGACAGAGAAAGGCGGAUCGCUGUCUUACAAGGGCGGCGAUGCUCACGCGAUAGAUGUCGACGAGCAGAUGAAAUUCAUAGACUUUAUCUCAGAAAUUGGGGAGAUGUUUAAUUGCGACGUCAGGACAGUUUCUCUAAAAUACUUUCUCCCGGAUAACAAGAAAACGCUCAUCUCGAUAUCCAACGAUAAAGAUUUGAAACGGAUGAUCAAAUUUCACGAGAACUCAAACACCGCUGAUGUCUAUCUUUUACCCGAAGAAGCUACUCCCGAUAUUUCAAACAUGCCAGCUAGCAGAUCAAGCAGAACAACAUUGUCUGAAGCGAUUGCCCCGAUUCCUAUGGACGACAUGAUAGAUGACACAAUGGGACCAGAAGAUCUUCCCAUCUCGAUCUCAGUUUCAGCUCCUCCCGCUGUAACUAUGGAGCAAGUCAUGAACCGAGCUGAAGAUGCACAAAUUGUUAUUAAUCCAUCCGAAUUGAUGUCAUCGAUUGUUGAAGUCCCGAAUCCAACAGGAGAUAUUCUCACAAAGGCAAGAACACAGCAGUGGCAGAACACAAUCACAGGAGUGGGUCAACGGUUUAAAAACGUUGGGGAGUUCCGUGAAGCCCUGAGGAAAUACGCCAUAGCAAAUCAAUUUGGAUUCCGCUACAAAAAGAAUGAUAGCCACCGAGUGACAGUUAAAUGUAAAGCCGAAGGUUGUCCUUGGAGGAUCCAUGCUUCAAGGCUGUCAACAACUCAGCUGAUCUGUAUUAAAAAAAUGAAUCCGACACAUACUUGUGAAGGGGCGGGUGGAAUUAAUGGGCUUCAGACGAGUAGAAGCUGGGUUGCUAGCAUUAUCAAGGAGAAGCUGAAAGUCUUUCCUAACUAUAAACCGAAAGACAUCGUCAGCGACAUCAAGGAAGAGUAUGGGAUUCAGCUGAAUUACUUUCAGGCAUGGCGUGGUAAAGAAAUUGCAAGAGAGCAGCUUCAAGGAUCUUACAAGGACGGUUACAAACAGCUUCCGCUGUUCUGCGAGAAGAUAAUGGAAACUAAUCCGGGCAGUCUCGCUACGUUCACAACGAAGGAAGAUUCAAGUUUUCACCGUGUUUUUGUUUCGUUUCACGCCUCGGUUCAUGGCUUUCUCGAGGCCUGUCGACCACUUGUGUUUCUCGACAGUAUGCCGUUGAAAUCGAAGUAUCAGGGGACUUUAUUAGCUGCGACUUCUGUGGAUGGGGACGACGAAGUGUUUCCUCUGGCUUUUGCAGUGGUCGAUGCGGAGACGGAUGAUAACUGGGAAUGGUUCUUGCUUCAGCUGAGAUCUCUGCUGUCCACGCCUUGCUAUAUAACUUUCGUUGCUGAUCGACAGAAGAAUCUGCAGGAAUCGAUCCCAAAAGUGUUUGAGAAGUCGUUUCACGCAUAUUGUUUGCGGUAUUUGACUGACGAACUCAUCAGAGACUUGAAAGGACCAUUCUCUCAUGAGAUCAAGCGGUUAAUCGUCGACGACUUUUACUCUGCAGCUUACGCUCCUAGAGCUGAUUCAUUCGAGAGGCAUGUUGAGAACAUCAAAGGCCUCUCACCGGAAGCUUAUGAUUGGAUUGUGCAAAAAAGCCAGCCUGAUCAUUGGGCCAACGCUUACUUCCGUGGUGCCCGGUACAAUCACAUGACUUCACACUCAGGCGAACCGUUCUUUAGCUGGGCUUCCGACGCCAACGAUCUACCAAUAACUCAAAUGGUUGAUGUGAUCCGUGGGAAAAUCAUGGGAUUGAUCCACGUGAGACGGAUUAGUGCCACCGAAGCCAAUGGAAAUUUGACUCCUUCCAUGGAAGUAAAGCUAGAGAAGGAGAGUGUAAGAGCGCAAACGGUUCACGUAGCGCCAUCAGCAGAUAACAACUUGUUCCAAGUCCGUGGAGAGACGUAUGAGCUCGUGAACAUGGCAGAGUGUGACUGUAGCUGCAAAGGGUGGCAGUUAACAGGUUUGCCGUGUCACCACGCGGUCGCGGUUAUAAACUAUUACGGACGUAAUCCGUAUGAUUACUGUUCGAAAUAUUUCACUGUUGCGUACUACAGGUCAACGUAUUCACAGUCGAUAAAUCCGGUUCCGUUAUUAGAAGGAGAGAUGUGUCGAGAGAGUUCUGGGGGUUCGGCAGUGACGGUAACGCCUCCACCAACAAGGAGACCGCCAGGGAGGCCGCCGAAGAAGAAAACGCCUGCGGAAGAAGUGAUGAAGCGGCAGCUGCAAUGUAGUAGGUGCAAGGGACUUGGUCACAACAAGUCAACUUGUAAAGACUAUCUUCUUGAAUGUUAGUUUUUUGGAAUUCUCUCCACUUUGUUUUUUUUUUUUUUACUAACUUAUUUUUCUUUUCAACUUUUGUCAACUUUUUUUUUAAGUGAUCAAUUUGUAAGAAAGAAGUUUUUUCAUU